UGCAGCUGGAGGCAGGCGAGCUGCACAGAGGACAAACACCCGAGCAGCUGAUGGGCAAGCACGCGUAAAGACAGUGCUCUGAUCGCAGCUGGACACAGAUAGGUGCGACAUAAUUGGUUCCAAGUUGCAGAUUAGAUUGUCGUAACCAGGUAAGGGAUUGCUCUGCAGUGGAGGGAACAGGAAAGAUGCGCUGCGUCGGCGGUGCGCUCCCUGCGCUCCGUGCGCUAUUUGGGGACGCGGCGACUUGCGACGGCGGCACGCUGUCACCCCGCUUAUAGAUGGCUCUGCUGACACUUGGGGUGCAAAACAGGUGUCAGGGAAGUGUCGUCACGAGCCCCGGAAGCCGCAAGAGGUGGGAACAUCAGAGGGAAAGAUGGCAGCGAAAUCCGAUGGUCGCGGGGUCGUCACCGGGUUCGCCCAGCUGCACAACCUGGACGAGGUGGUGGGGACCGGGGAGGACGAGGCGCGGGACGGCAGCUCCUUCCACAUCUGCCACUGCUGCAACACCUCGUCCUGCUACUGGGGCUGCCGGAGCGCCUGCCUGCAUUACCUCAGGAGGAAGGGGAAGGGGAAAGGGAGAGAUGCGGCGGGGCGGCCCCCGCAGGAGGAGCGCCUCUGGCUGGACUGCCUGUGGAUCAUCCUGGCGCUGCUGGUCUUCUUCUGGGACGUGGGCUCCGAUCUGUGGCUCGCCGUCGACUAUUACCACAAGCAGAACUUCUUGUGGUCGGGCCUGACUCUGUUCUUCGUGCUGGUGCCCUCGGUGCUGGUCCAGAUCCUGAGCUUCAGGUGGUUUGUGCAGGAUUACACCGGGGGCGGACUGGGCUCCGUGGAGGGACUGAGCAGUCGCAGAGCCCUAGCCAGCUUCCAGAGAGACAGGUGCUGUCGCCUGUCUGUCUGGCUCUGGCAGACCGUCAUCCACAUCUUUCAGCUGGGACAAGUGUGGAGGUACAUUCGCACCAUGUACCUCGGCAUCCAAAGUCACCGGCAAAAGGAGAACCAGCGGCGUUUUUACUGGGCUAUGAUGUACGAGUAUGCUGAUGUCAACAUGCUGCGACUGCUAGAGACCUUCUUAGAAAGCGCCCCUCAGUUGGUGCUGCAGCUCUGCAUCAUGAUCCAGAGCACCAAGGCCGAGUGGCUGCAGUGUGUUUCUGCCAUGUCCUCCCUCCUGUCCCUGGCCUGGGUGCUAGCUUCUUACCACAAACUCCUGCGAGACUCGCGUGACGACAAGAAGAGCAUGAGUUAUCGAGGUGCCCUGGUGCAUCUGUUCUGGCGCCUUUUCACCAUCUCUUCACGGGUGCUCUCGUUUGCCCUUUUUGCCUCGGUUUUUCACAUUUACUUUGGCAUUUUUGUGGUGCUCCAUUGGUGUGCCAUGGCUUUCUGGGUUAUCCAUGGCGGCACCGACUUCUGCAUGUCCAAAUGGGAAGAAGUACUGUUCAACAUGGUGGUGGGCGUGGUCUACGUCUUCUGCUGGUUCAAUGUGCGUGAGGGCCGGACGCGGUACAGAAUGGUGGCCUAUUACGCCAUUGUCCUGGUGGAGAAUGCCAUCCUCACCUCACUUUGGUAUGCGUAUCGUGACCCAGCUACCACCGACGCCUAUGCCUCUUUUGCCCUCUGCGGCGUCUUCCUGUGCUUUGCAUCAGGUGUGGCCUGCAUGGUUCUUUACUAUGGAGUCCUGCACCCCAUGGGCCCCCGGCUGAGGGUGUUGGCCAGCUCCUGCUGUGCUGAGCUCCUGUGGGGCCUCCCAUUACCGCCUGAAGCUGAGCCAAUGGCUCCCACCCCAGGGCCACGUGGCUCCCAGGCCACCCCUACCCGGGGUCUGGCGGGGGAAUACAUGGAAUCAGAUGAAACACCCACAGACACUUGCCUUCCGGUUUUCCAAGUGAGGUCUACAGAGCCCGUGGACGCGGCUGGGAGGCCCAUCCAGCCUGAGGGUCCACUUAUCAAGAUAGACAUGCCAAGAAAACGCUACCCAGCCUGGGAUGCGCACUUUGUGGAUCGGCGCCUGCGCAGGACCAUAAAUGUGCUGCAGUAUGUUAGCCCUAAUGCGGUGGGCAUCAGGUAUAGGGACGGCCCUCUUCUUUAUGAACUCCUGCAGUACGAGUCCUCCCUCUGAGGGCUUUUGAUACAGUUCCGUCGCCACCUUCUACACACAAUGAUCCGCAUACUUUUCUUUCAUUCCUCCCCUCUUUUCUCUCCCUCAGAUAUUACCCCAAUGGGCAUUGGGCUCUCUUGUUCUCUCCUCUAUGAUCGGUCUGUUUCCUGCAAGACGUGUGAAUAUCUGCUAAGACAGUCUGAACACACAGUCAUGAUUUAUUUUUGGAAAAAGAAAAACAAAGAGAAAAUUACAAACCUACAGUAUCUCAUGUGAUAUAUAUACAGAUGUCUCAUAUAAACCUCUUUACACUAAUAGAGGAGGCUUCUGUAUGAGUGUAUAGAUAACAUAUGAAUGUUUCAUUAUGAAAUGUGGUAAUGCAUAAUACUGUAUUUGGUGACUUAACCUGUGAAUACUUGUGAAGGGCAUAUUGUAUGUCCCUGUGAUGUGGGACUGGUGCAAAUUGUGGAGGGAAUGAUGGAGGAGCGUCUCAAAGGGGGCAGGUCUUUGCACAUCCCCACAUUUACUGCCAUUCUGUAUGUAAACCAUUGAAAGAUAAUAUAGUGUUCACUGGACCCUUAUCCCCUGAAUUCAAAAGACCCCCCCCCCCCAAAAAAAAAACACUGACAUUUCUAUCCAUACAGGAACACAAACACAAUCAAAGAUGUAUCCAAGAGAAGCCAUGCACAAUGGAUUUUCCUUAUGCGAGCUCCUGUGGCCACUAUUUUUGUUCAAAGUCCAGCAUGAAAAUUGCAAAUACAAGGGAGGAAAGAAAGCACACAGGCCUUCAAUCAGUUUCGCUCACAACUAAAAACUUUUGCGAUGCAGACCGCCCUCCGGUGGAGGGAAGCUGCAACAGCAUGCCUUACUCAGUCACUCCUGGAAUAGUUGUGACCGCACAAAUUCUUAAGACAACCACCUGAGAUGAGAAAGUAGAAGUAGUUAGAGAAAAAGCACAUUUUAUAAAUUGGUGAGUAGAAAAUACCAUUAAUAACAUUCCAAAAAAAUAGAGAAAAGAUUUAAGGUAUCACUGGAGAGUGAAAGGGUGCAAAUUUGUGUUAACAUGCACUUUUUGAAUGCAAAGACAACCUUCAAAGAUUCCUCCACCAUUCCCUUUUGAAUCCUGGAAAGUACACUCUUUUGCAACCUCCCUAUUUUGUUCAGAAAAAUGCUCUAGGAAUAAUUAAUAGUAUAUGCUUAUUGGGUGAAAAGACUUAUAACUUCUUGAAAAGAAAUAUGACAAUUUGAGAUAAUAUUUCUAUGCUAUUAUACUUCUGUGUGUAUUUGUGUCCAUAUUUAUAUUCAUUGACAUAACUAUAUUUUGCCAGAACACAGACUUUUAUACAUUACAAAAUACUGCAGUGUUAAAAGGUAUACUCCUUAACAUCUGUGUGGCCUCAAAGAGGCGACACUCCUUUAUGGAUGUAUAGGGCAACUGUUCUGGCACCUGCUGGGCAGUUGAAACAAAGCCAAAUCGUAUCUUAAAGUACUGUCUUUUUAAUUUAUUUGCCCCAAUGAACCAGUUGAAUGAGACCUUAAUGAAGUGUGCCAUCAUUAGGCAAUUAUAAACGUACACUUCUCCUGGCUGAAUCUCUGGUUAACCACCAGUGUACAAAGUCUUGUUGAAACGUUAGAAUCCCUUCUUUUAAUCCUACAUUUGUUUUGUGUGUGUGUGUGUGUGUGUGUGUGUGUGUGUGUGUGUGUGUGUGUGUGUGUGUGU